AUGUGCCGUUCGCUGCUGCUGCUGCCGCUGCUGCUGGCGCACACCUGCGUCCCAGUCUCCUGGAGCCUGCGCUGCAUGCAUUGUGAGACUACUGGGCAUUGCCGAGAGGACGAGUGUGCCCUGGGCCAGGACCUCUGCAGGACCACGAUCGUGAGCACGUGGGAAGCUGGCGAGAACUUGAAUGUGGUGCAGAGAGGCUGCGCUCACCCCGAGAAGACCAACAGAACCCUGAGCUACCGAACAGGGUGGAAGAUCAUCACCCUCAUGGAAGUUGUGUGUGGCACAGACCUGUGCAACCGGCCCCAGACCAGAUUUGAUCCCACCCUCUUCCAAAGCCGAAGUCGUUAUCUGGAAUGUGUUUCCUGUGCCUCAUCAGACCUGAGCUGUGAGAGGAGCCGGUCCCAGACCCUGCAAUGCCGCAACCCUGGAGAACUGUGUCUGGAGGUGGUGACCCACCAAGGCCCAGAAGAUGAACGCCACAUUCGAGGCUGUGGUUACCUUCCUGGCUGUCCAGGUCCCACUGGUUUCCAUAACAACCAAUCCUUCCACUUCCUGCAGUGCUGCAACACCACCAAAUGCAAUGGGGGUCCAGUUGUGGAGCUUCAACACUUGCCACCGAAUGACUUCCAAUGUUACAGCUGCGAGGGGAACAGCACCCAUGGAUGCAGCGCAGAAGAGUCUUCCCUCAUCACCUGCCGAGGCCCCAUGACUCAAUGUCUGGAAGCCACAGGCUCAGAUGAGCUGGGUGCUGAAAACUAUACCCUGAGAGGCUGUGCGACCCAUUCAUGGUGCCAGGGUCUCCACGUGGCCGAAGGCUUCGGCCUGACUCAACACCGUGUCUCCUGCUGUUCUGGAAAGGGCUGUAACCACCCCACCAGGGACAUCCAGCCCCGCCUAGGGGGAAGCCCUCGGCCCACCUCCACCCACCUCAGCCUCACCAUCACCCUGCUCCUGACGGCAAGACUGUGGGGAGGCACUCUCCUCUGGACUUGA